AUGACACCAAAAGGGUUUGCCUUUGGUCUCCUUUUGCUUGCGCUCUGCGUGAGUUAUCACGUCCAAUUGGCACAAGCGGUCGAUGCUUGCACCGUGUGCACUUGCUCGGGAACGGAUGUCGAUUGCAAUGCCAAAGGUCUCUCAGCCGUUCCAAGCGGAAUUCCCGCCACCACAGUGACAUUGUUUCUGAGCAGCAACCCGAUCACCAGCAUUCCCGCAAACGCAUUCGCAACCCUGACUGCGCUAGAGUCCUUGCGUCUGUACAACAACCAGAUCACCGGACUAUCUGCAAACGCUUUCGCAGGUCUGAGUGCGCUUACUCUUUUGGAUUUGAAAGGCAACCAGAUCACCACCAUUCCCGAGAACGCAUUCACAGGCCUUGCAAGUCUGCAGCAAUUAUGGCUGUACACCAACCAGAUCACCUCCAUUUCCGCAAACGCAUUCGCAGGCCUGAGCGCGCUGACACAGUUAUGGAUGUACAGCAACCCGCUCCCCAACAUUACGGCAAACGCAUUCGCAGGCCUGACUGCGCUGAACUCAAUGCAACUGGACCGCAAUCAGCUCACCAGCAUUGUGGCAAACGCAUUCGCAGGCAUGCCUGCGCUGACAGACUUGGAGCUGCAGAACAACGCGAUCACCAGCAUUUCCCCCUCUGCAUUCGCAGGCCUGACCGCACUGACUUACUUAAAUAUGGUACAGAAUCACAUCACCGGCAUUUCUGCAAAUUCAUUUACAGGCCUGAGUGCGCUGAACGAAUUAUAUCUGUCCCAAAACUCGAUCACCGUCAUUUCCUCAAACGCAUUCAAUGGCCUGACUGCGCUGUCCUCCCUGUAUCUGCCGUCCAACCAAAUCACUAGCAUUUCGGCAAACGUAUUUACAAAUCUGCCUGCGCUGUCCUCCCUGAGACUCCAAUCCAACUCGAUCACGAGCAUUUCUUCAAACGCAUUCACAAAUCUGCCUGCGCUGUCCUCCCUGAGACUCAAAUCCAACUCGAUCACGAGCAUUUCUUCAAACGCAUUCACAAAUCUACCUGCGCUGAGCGCCUUAGACUUAUCCGACAACGAGAUCACCGUCAUUCCGGUCAAUGCGUUCACAAACCUGCCCGGGCUGACUGACCUGAAGCUCUACGCCAACAAGAUCACCACCAUAUUUGCAAACGCUUUCUCAGGCCUGUCUGUUCUGGAUUCCUUAGAUUUAUCCGGUAACCUGAUCACCGUCAUUCCUGCCAAUGCAAUUGCAAGCCUGACUGCGCUGAAUUUUCUAUAUCUGAACGAAAACCAGAUCACCAACAUUCCUGCCAAUGCUUUUGCAAGCCUUACUGCGCUGACCGGAUUGUUUUUGCAGCAAAACCAGCUCGCCAGCAUUGAUGCGAAUGCAUUCGCAGGCCUUACUGCGCUGAUCGACUUGGAUCUAAGAGAAGCCUCGAUCACCGUCAUGCCUGUGAAUGCAUUCACGGCCCUGACUGCACUGACUAGCCUCUAUUUGAGUCUCAACCAGAUCACCACAAUCUCUGCAAACGUAUUCGCAAGCCUGACUGCGCUGAAUUACCUAGAUUUGUCCGCCAACCAGAUCACUAGCAUUGAGGCCUCUGCAUUCACACGCUUGACUGCGCUGAGUGACUUGUAUUUGAAUGACAACCCCUUCACCACUCUGCCGCCUGGCCUGUUUCAGGGCUUGCCCAACGGCUUGUAUAUGUCAGACUCUGGAGACCAAUCCUUGAAACCCAACAACUUUGCCGUUGGUGGAAACACUGUUGCUCCGCCCAGCACAUACGGCAGUGUUGACGAACCGUUCCCGUGCGAUACAGUUUGUGCCACCUGCUAUGACGCUGGCUCCAGUGCGUGCUGCGGGGUCAACUGCCUGACCUGCACUUCAUCUGAUCCCUGCACUCAAUGCUAUGAAGGUUAUGAGAUGAUGAGCGGCUUCUGCCUCGCAUCGGCUGCGACCAACGCGUCCAUUGCUGCAGUUGCGUCUUCAGCGUCAAUCGCCUCACAGGCGUCUGCAUCAUCUGCCAGUGCUGCAUUGGCUGCCAGUGCUGCAUCGGCUGCCAGUGGUGCAUCGGCUGCCAGUGCUGCAUCUGCUGCUGCGACAAAUGUGCCCCAAGGGUCAAGUGAUACAUCCUCCGGAGCUAUUAUUGGCGGAGUGAUUGGCGGCGUGCUCGCUCUCGUCUUGCUGGUUGCGUUGAUUGUGGUCCUUCGACGUCGCCGUUCCUCAAAGGCGGCGUCCACCAGCUCGGUCGCUAAAUCGCGCGAAUCAAACGUUGCAAAUCCAACCUAUGAGACGCGAAAGGGGAAUGCCGACCUCGCGUAA